AUGUCUGCCUGGGCACGGAUAAGAGAUAGGGUCUUGACGUCCAAGUACAACAAGCCUUUCCCAGUAACAUUACUUCCCUCGGCCAUUGGAAUCUGGAUGGCUGUGCACUUUGCUGAGAGGCAGGCAGAGCGCCAGCAACAGAUUCUGAACGAGAUCAAGGCACUCAGCGAGAACGACAUCGCUAAGGUCAGGGAGAUUGCAAGCAAGCCUCGAUGA